CACAAAGAAGAUUUAAAAGAGUUAAUAAAUGAAAAUGAAGAUAAACCAGUUGAAGUUGCUAUUGAAUCUGAUAAAAUGCUUGAAGAAGAAAUAACAAAGAAUGCAAAGUUACAAGAAGAAUUAGCCCAAAAAUUAAAAAUGUUAAGAAAGAAUAAUCAGAGAUUUGAGGAUAAAGCAAAAGAAAGAGAAGAAUUAAAAACAUAA